GCGGUCACAUGUCAGAAUUAAACAGACAUGUGCCAACUGGCCAGUUUCAGACACUUGGAAAAGAAAGUUUGACAAGACAAGUUGCGGACUUUAAAAGUAGAUAUAAGCGAAAGGAUUGAUUCACCAUAAGAGGAUAUUGAUAUCAUAAAGAGCGAUGGAAUCUGUAGCCCAGACAAUUCUGACGUCGAGAUUCUCUCUUGACUUGGGGCCAUUGAAGGAGCCCCUUGCAUUCAUCCGAGUUCUGGAAUUGAUAUUCUCCAUAUUUGCAUUUGCAACAACUGCAGGAUUUUCUGGUACCACAAGUAUCAACGUGCAAUGCAAAGGAAGCGUCAACGAGGAAAUAUUUGCCAGUUUUAACUACCCAUUUAGGUUGAUGCAGCAUUCUUACACAGUCCCUACCUGUAAGAAUGGCACCACUGAGUCUUUCCUUAUUGGCAACUACUCUUCGUCAGCAGAGUUCUUUGUCUCCAUCGGGGUGCUGUCCUUCCUCUACAGCACAGCCUCGUUGGUCCUCUAUCUGGGCUUCGAACACCUGUACAGGAAGACAAGCCGCGGUCCUGUUGUGGAUCUGUUUGUGACUGCAGCCCUGGCCUUCCUGUGGUUGGUUUCGUCUUCGGCUUGGGGCAAAGGUCUGACUGAUGUCAAGUGGGCCACUAGCCCCACAAGCAUAGUAGCACUUAGUGAUGUCUGCAGGUCUGACGGAAAUUGCACGGCGGGCAGUGGGCCCCACAUGGGCCGUCUCAACGCCUCGGUGAUUUUUGGCUUCCUCAACCUCAUUCUGUGGGGAAGCAACUGUUGGUUCAUUUAUAAGGAAACACCUUUCCACAAGUCAGCCAAUCAGCCAGAAGACGCGGAGGCGAGAGGCCCGCCCACUUAACCACAAAACUUCCUGAUCUCAACCGUUGUAUAUGUGUCACUCUUCUGCUACGGACUGCUUUUCAUUUUUUCGAUUGUUUCAAGUGUUUGACUCGCCCAGUAUUUUGUGUUUUUUUUUACAUUGCUACUAAUUAAUGUAGCCAUUUCUCUUGAGUUACAGUCACUUGCUUAAUGAGUAAGCAAAGGGUUUUAACCUGCAUAUAAACAUUUGUUUAGUAAGUUUAUUUAAAGAUUUGAGGUGUUUUCUAAAUAUUAUCAGAAGAUUUUGUUGUGCCAACAAUGUUAAGUGUUUAUCUAUAUAUAUGAUGCAUGUUAGCUGUUAAAAAUUAGUCGCACACCAUUUCAGUAAAAUCGUAUUCAGAAACGAAGUUAUUAAAAAUGUAUCCUAUGUAGGAUUAUAACAUAUUGUCUUGUUAAAUUGCGGUUAGUAAUAACGAUGCAAAAUGUCUAACCAACUAAUUACUUGAUUUAUCAUCAUUGUUUUAAUCCAUAUGUUAGUUAUGAAGACCUAAUGUUUAUUUCUUGAAAGUUGUUUGUGUUUUUUUUGGUAAACAUUUUUUUGGAUACUUCCCUUAUGCAUCGUGGUUUUCAUAAUUAAAAGGAAAAGCUGCUUUUGCUU